ACCGUUUUAACCAUCUGGAAACACCCUAGCGCCUCUGUUUAACAGCACUAACAGCGCAGCUUCAGCAGAAAGCACAAUUUAAAAUAAUCAAAUAAUCACACAAUAAAUGCUGGCAAAAUGCUAUCCAACCUGCUGGUGACCAAACAAAAAGUGGUCCUCGUAAUAGAUGAGCUAAAUCGGGAGCGCAUUGCCCCCAAGUUCAUCGGAAGUUUACUGCACGAACAGGGACAGGGGGCGGAAACCAUCAAGGCCCUACCCACCGGCGUCAGUCUGAAGCACGUGGCCACCUUCGAGGCGUUAAUAACCGAGCUCUCCAACCACAACAACAAUAACUCCACUCAGGCGGGAGAAGCCGGCGAUCUGGAAGGUGGUGGCUCACCAGGAUCCAAGUCCUCCGGUUUUAAUGUCAUCCUGCCCACCUUGGCCGACCUGCUGUGCUACCAGUCGCCCGCCUUUAUCUUUGGCUUCCUAAACCGUCUGCGUCGCUCGGAGUACGUUCGCCGUGUGUUCCUCUGGGCCUCUCCUCAGCACCUACAGCAUCCCCAUGCCGCCUACAUCCUGGCUGGCUGUGAGUACCUGGCGGAGUUGGUUCUUCGCCUGGAAACCGAUAAACUGUUGUCGCUGAUAUCACGAAAGCCUGGUGGCGGAGUGACCAACAGACGAUUCUCCUGUCAGGUCAGCAAAACCCAGUUCCAAGUAACGCCGCUGGACGGAGGACUCCCAGCGGGUGUCUCGCCCAAACAGCCUUCCCCAGAGGUGGAGCAAAAUCCACAGCCGGCCAGCAGCACCUUCAAAAUCGAGCUUGAUGAGGACGAGGUGGUGGCCCGCAAUGCACUCACCCUGCCAUAUGAACGCACCAGCGAGCCGUCCGAGGGCAACAUUAUCUACACGCCCGAUGCCGACGACGACUUCGAUGAAGAGGAUCCGGACGAGGAUCUGUGCAUCUAGGCUGCCCGCCGGCAGCGAACGGCAGUACAAAUAGCCUUGGCUUUAAGUCUACUUAAGUCUAAUCUACUAAAUACAUCAAAUACCUGGAAUUCCGGCCCCAAAGUUCCGCCAAGGGGUGUGUUUAACGUCCAAAAGAGGAGCAGAAUGAAUCUUUGAACGACCAGUUUAGUACAUGUAGAAUUGCUCAUUUAUUUUGGAUAACUUGAUAUGUAAAUCAAAAAAUCGAAGAAACUUUGUGAAUACAACUGAUUCAAUUGCUA